AUCAAAUAUCACUUUCUCGUUUUCUGUUUGCAUAUUCCCAUCGGCAUCAGAUUGACCAAGAUGCCUGUCUCAGCACAAAACUCCCCAGCUCGGCCUUCUAUUCGCGAAACCAUAGCGGCCCGUCGUGCAGAACUCCGCAACACUCCCAAAUCUCAGAGAACCGGCGACCUCCAAACUUACGGUAGCCCGGCUGGCAAAAGAGCGGGUACUCCCAGAGGAUUUGUUCACUUAGACGGGAGUGGGGCAGAUCUGCUAGAGGACAAGACUGUGGAAGGGCAGUUGAAGAAGGCCGCUAAAUCAGGUAAAUUAGAUAUUGCUUCCCUUGAGCUUGAGCGCAUCCCCCCAAAAGUGUACAUAUCCCUUCUGGGGCUUUCGACUACCGACCUUUCCAAUCCUCCCCCUCCUCCUUCCCCGCCGAGGGAAUCAUUAGCUGCCUCACGCUCACGCACUGCAAUCGGUACUAGCCCUUUUGCUGUAGAUGAUGAAAUAGACGUAGACAAUAGUCAGCAGGGCUUGGCGUUUCGCACUUGGAGGAAAGAAGAAGAUAUCUGGUCAGAACCAGAGGAACUUACCACCCUGAGAAUUGGGAAUAACAAGCUCGUGGAGAUUGACAGGGAAAUUGGAAUGUUUGGAGGAUUGAAAAUCCUGGAUUUAAGCAAAAACCUUCUCAAAGGGGUUCCCGAUGCCCUCUCUGACCUCCUUCGUUUGAGCUCUCUGGAUCUUUCCCACAAUUCGCUACCAUCCAUUCCUCGUUCUGUCCUUUUGCUUCCCCAACUUCAGGUUCUGGAUAUCUCGCACAAUUCAAUUACUACCCUAUCUUUUGAUUCACCCAUAGGGCCUUCUGAAGAAGGCCUCCGCUAUGGCUCUGGAUUUUUCACUACCGCCAUCCAACGUCAAACCGCUCUCAAGUCAGAAAGACCUAUACUUCCAGUGCUUCGUCAUUUGAGUCUUGGGAGCAAUACCAUCACUCAGGAGGGUCUGAAGGCACUGGCCAGUGUCAAUCUUAAGCAUAUGAGGGUCCUCAACAUAGAAAAUAACAACGUUUCGGGUGUUCUUGAUGUUCAAAGUCUUGGGAUCAGUGAGAAGGCCAUGCCGGAGCUCUCUCACCUUGUUCUCUCCGGAAAUAUCAAUAUCCGCGGCCUCAUUGGUACCAUUGCAUCGGCUGCUAAGGUUGAUACCAUAGGAUGCAACUUACGCCAAGCCACUCCUUCAUUCAACCAUGAAGAUACAUCCACUGUCGAAGAUAAUCAAGACAAGGCUAGCUCGGCUGUCGAAACAGGACCUGCGGCGAAUGAUGAACAUACUUUACCUAUUCCGGAGCCUGACCUUACUAUUGUCUACCGCACUUUUCCAGCAGCCACGUUCGACUCGGAACCUCUGGCUGUUGAUUUCGAUCUUUAUCUUCCUUCUACCCCUGCCGGCCCUUCUGGCCACCCCCUUGUCAUCUGGUUCCACGGCGGUGGUUUGCUACAGGGAAAUAAAGAAAAUCUUCCUCCUCAUUUCAGGCGAUUGCCUUCACACGCUUACACCAGAGGCGAUGGACGCCCUGAUGAAAGUGUAGCAAUCAUUUCGCCCAACUAUCGCCUCGCUCCUCAGGUCUCUAUCCUUGAUAUCCUCUCUGAGGUUACUGUUCUCUUCGACUACAUUCAAACCAGGCUCAACGACAGAUUGGUCAAGGAUGGAAAGGGUGAUCAUAAGAUAGAUGUUUCUAGGAUCUGCCUUUCAGGGGGUUCCGCGGGGGGCUAUCUGGCAUUGAUAGCAGGCUUGAGAGUACCUGAUGAAGUUGGCGACGAAGAGAUUGGAGCUUAUAGAGGAUUGAAGAAUGAGGCCAUCAAAUGCCUCGCACCUUUCUAUCCCAUCACUGAUCUCACGGACAAAUUCUGGGCGACAGAGACGAAUCCAGUACCAUGGAUGAAUGGCAACAGCAUCUCGCACGCUCAAGCGAAGCCUCAUAUCGACACCAAAGCAGCGCCUGUCUGCUCUGCUGUCUCCGGUGGACCUCGAUCUAUCCUAUAUCCAUAUAUGCUUCAACAUUCUCUUUUCCCUUCCCUCCUGUUCCUUACUCAGCGUUCAGUUGGACAAGGUCUCGAUGCGUUCCGUCCCUCUCCUCUCUCUUUGUCCAUCCCUCAUCGCCUGGAAAUUGCUUCCAAGUCGAGCAAGGCAAAGUAUCACGUUCCAAUCUUCUUUGUGUAUGGCACCAUUGACGAUAAAGUGCAACCCAUGGAGAAGACGAUUGAGGCACUGGGUAGGGCCAGUGGAGAUCUCGUAAUCGAAAGGGUUGAAGGGGCAGAUCACGCAUUCGAUGAGGAUCCGAAGGUCGAAUGUCAAGCAUUCCAGGAGUGGUUGGGCAAGACACUCCUUUAGUGCUCACUAACUAGUCAUCAAAUGCAUGCAGCGCAUAUUCGAUUUUAAUUC